CCGAGGCGGACCUGAAAGCAGCAGAAGUACAAUCUCCUUUCGCAUCACUUUGUCACGGCUAUAUUAGCGUUCUGCUAGUCGUUGUUGGUUUAUAAUCAGUCACCAGUUUUUCUUACCUUGUUUUUGCUUAUUUUAAAAAUUAAAGACAAUUAUUUAGCUGCACCGUGUAAAUAACAAAACCAGAGAUGACAUCUAAACUUAAAGUGGGAAAGGUUGGCUCCAAGAACAAGGAGGAUGCUCCUUAUGAGCUGGAGAGUCAAUUUGUCCUGAGGCUCCCUUCGGAGUACGCCUCUACGGUAAGAAGGAUUGCGCAGUCGAGCAGUAUGAACAUGAAGGACAGACUUACCAUCGAGUUGCACCCUGAUGGCCGUCAUGGGAUAGUUAGAGUAGACCGUGUCCCUCUGGCCUGCAAACUGGUGGAUCUGCCAUGUAUGAUUGAGUCUCUCAAAACAGUAGACAAGAAGACAUUUUACAAGACUGCUGAUGUCUGCCAGAUGCUAGUGUGUACACUAGAUGGAGACCUUUACCCUCCGUUGGAGGAGCCAACUGGCACAGACCCCAAGAGCAAAAAGAAAGACAAGGACAAGGACAAGAAGUUUAUCUGGAAUCAUGGCAUCACCUGCCCUCUGAAGAACACACGCAAGCGAAGAUUUCGGAAAACGGCAAAAAAAAAGUACAUUGAAUCCCCUGAUGUGGAAAAGGAAGUGAAGAGAUUGCUGAGCACAGAUGCUGAGGCUGUCAGUGUCCGAUGGGAAAUUAUAGCAGAGGAUGAGUCCAAAGAAGCAGAUCAACACAGCUCUCUGGCCAACCUCGACUCUUCACCUGGAACUUCAGGACACAAGAUGGGUCAUGGAUCUUCUGUCCAGCAUGACGAGCUGAGGGAAAUCUUCAACGACAUCAGCAGCUCCAGUGAGGAUGAGGAGGACGAAGGAGACCGGCAUGAGGACGAGGACCUGAAUAUCAUGGACACAGAAGAUGAUCUGGUGCGACAGAUCCAAGACAAGCUCAACGAGUCUGAUUCUGCUCCCCACGAAAGUGACAGAAACAACCAGAUAGUUAUGGAGUACCAGGUGCAGAUUAACAGCGUUAAGGCCAAGCUUCAGGAAACCCGCGCCCGGAAGAAACAACAGGAGGAACUCAUCAUGAAAGUGGAAAACCAGGCCCUCAAAAACCGAUUCCAAGCCUUGUUGGAUGAGAUUAUUCAGCAGGAGGAGCGGGAGAUGGAGCAGCUGGCAUCCCUGCAGGAGCAGCUGGACUCACUCAUAGAGAAGUGACCAGCAGGGGGCAGUCUCACUUCAUCUUCAGCCUCUCAUCACGAGGGUGAGGAGAAAAGCCUUCAUCUAGGGAGGAGGGAGCCUCUAUUAGCCAACUUGCUGUGUCAUUCUUCUUAGUUUGCCAUUUUUAUGUAUUACAUCUACAGAACAUUGGUUUCUGUAUUAAAAGUGAGUAUUUUUUAUGAAGCUGAUGAAAUUUACUACAGGUUAUUGCGUGAUUGAAGUAUAUGGUUGGCCUCAAGGGUGAAUAUUGCCAGUUUUGUUUCUUAUCUAAAAACUAAAGCUAAAACUCGGCCAGCUUUCUGUUCAGCUCACCAUAUUUUUUAUUUCAUUAUUUGUAUGAAAAAUAAAUUACCUUCUUGUAAAAGAAA